GAGGAAGCUGAAGAACUACCUCACAGCAACCAGAGAGAGAAUAAUAGCAUAUCAAUGGCCAAUCUUUUCAUCAAACAAGCCAAGCAAUAUGCAGUGGCAAGGCCCAGUUACCCGCCGGAGCUAUUCCGAUACAUCGCUUCGAAAACGCCCCGCCACGACCUCGUCUGGGACGUCGGGACCGGCACCGGCCAGGCCGCUAGCUCGCUUGCUGCACACUACACCACUGUGAUCGCCACCGACACAAGUCCAAAGCAGCUCGAUUUCGCRGCGAAGCUCCCUAACAUCCUCUACUGCCACACCCCACCCACAAUGUCCAUCGCUGAAGUGGAGCAUACGGUGGCGCCACGGGGCACCGUCGACUUAGUCGUUGUUGCCCAAGCCCUCCACUGGUUCGAUCUCCCAACUUUCUACACAAACGUUCGACAUAUCCUAAAGAAGCCGCACGGUGUCAUCGCUGCUUGGUGCUACACAUUGCCAAAAGUCAACCCCACRGUGGACGCCAUCCUCGGUCGCUUCUACACGGUGGACGUGGGRCCGUACUGGGAGGCACCGCGUAAGCUGGUGGACGAGGAGUAUGAGACGAUGGAGUUCCCGUUCGAGGCGGUGGAGGGGGAGGAGGGAACGGGGCCAGUACGGCGGUUUGCGGCGGAGAAGGAGAUGGAUUUUGAGGAGUAUUUGACCUAUUUGAGGUCUUGGUCGGCAUACCAAACGGCAAAGAACCAAGGGGUGGAGACUUUGACGGGAGAAGUGGUAGAGGAGUUUGACAAGGCUUGGAAUGAAGAUGGGAAGAAUGGUAAAAAAUUGGCCAAGUUUCCAAUCCAUUUGAAAAUUGGAAAAAUUGGGGAAUAAUGAUUAGAUUUUAUUAUUUUGACUUGAAAGCCACGUGGUAAAGAUUUAUUGGUCUGAAAUAUCUACUGAAAUUUUAACCUUUUGGGGUUGAAUAAAUUAUGUUAGGCUAAAUUAAAAAAAAAAAAAAGGUUCUGAAG